AUGGUACUCUCAAAGGCACUUGUCACCACAUUCUUCCUUGUAAGCCUGAACUAUGUAAAAUGUGCAUCAGUAGCGACCCGUGUACAACACGUCAAAGCGCAUAAAGGAUACUUGAAUGGUGACACACGGGAUCAUAACAUCUUAGGAUAUGGAAACCUCCAUGACAGGUCUAAGAUUGAAGGAGACGCCCAUGAGAUCGCCACAAGUUUCGUCAACUUCCUGGAGCGUGAUGGUUUCGAUUUCAAUGACACUAGGGAUGUACAAAACUUGGCAUCGUUCCUUGAAGCAUUGGCCGCUGGUGAUAUCGCAACUCAGAGCAAAUCAAGCCGCUUUUUAGAUCUCUUGAAGCAAGGUGGUUCGACUUUACUUAAAACAGGCAGAGAAUUUGCGCAAAAGCACGCUAAGGGUGCUAUAAAAGAAGCCGUAAGGAUGCUUCUCACUACGUUUUUGCAAAAAGGGCUUCCAUUAUUUGAAAAUGCUUACGAAAAUGCGAUGCAAAGUAUCCCUAUUAAUUUGAGAAUUACAUAUGCUCCAAUGGCCUACAACCUGUGGACACAGCUAUUCCAAAAAUUCAAGGUUGAAAUGCCACCAGGCUUCAAUGUCGAAAGGUUCAUAUGUAAGGCCAUGACCAAAGAGCAGUGUGACGGUGUCAUCCAGCGAAUUCAAAGCAAGAACGCGCAGAAUGCUAGGGCUGAAGAACAAAUGCAGUUAAGAGGUGCCCAUAUAGAAAAGGGUGACGAGGACGAAGACGACGAUGACGAAUACAAUGAAAAGAGCGGCAACGGUGAUAUGGACGUACUAGAUUUCUAG